AUUCCUUUUUUCCUAAAAAUAUGUGUGAAUGGAAAAUUCUCAUAAAAGAGAUUUUUAUAUAUUUUAAAGUCAGAAAGAGCAAGAUACCUCUUUGCUAUUUAAAGUCUCAAAACUACAUCAUUACUAUCCACAUCCAUAUUCCUACCAAUAUAUGCAAUUAUGGAGAAAGCUUUCACCUCUUUUCUCUUGCUGCUUCAGUACUAUGUUAUAAGUAGUUCAGCCAUGACCCAACUUAACAUCUCCACUGAUCAAUUAGCUCUCCUUUCCCUGAAAUCUCAAGUCAUUUCGGAUCCCUUUCACUACUUGGAUGAAAGUUGGUCUCCAGUUACGUCUAUUUGUCAUUGGGUUGGAGUCACAUGUGGCUCCCGCCACCAGCGAGUAAAGUCCUUGAAUCUUUCAAACAUGGCUCUUACAGGCAUAAUACCCCGUGAACUAGGGAACCUCACUUUUCUUGUUUCUCUUGACUUGGGAAGCAACAAUUUCCAUGGAAAUUUGCCUCAAGAAAUGACACACUUGCAUCGGCUUAAGUUUCUUGGUUUAAGUUUCAACAGCUUCAGUGGGGAGGUUCCCUCUUGGUUUGGGCUUUUACACCAACUUCAAGUACUAAAUCUUGGAAAUAAUAGUUUCACUGGUUCCAUCCCUUCUUCAUUUUCUAAUAUUUCCACACUUGAGACUUUGAAUCUGAAUUUCAAUUCUAUAGAUGGUCAAAUCCCAAAAGUUAUUGGAAGUCUUAUAAACCUUAGAGUAUUAAAGUUGGGGGGUAACAAGCUCAUAGGCUUUAUUCCUACGUCACUCUUGAAUGCCUCAAGGUUGGAGAGGUUAGAAUUAUCUUCUAAUUCACUUCAAGGAAACAUUCCAGAAGGGAUCGGCAAUCUUCACAACUUGAACUGGUUGGCCAUACAGUAUAAUCAACUUACGGGUUCUAUACCAUUCACAAUUUUCAAUAUUUCUAGGAUCGAAGUAAUUUCAUUUACAGGCAAUAGCUUAUCAGGAAGUCUCCCCAAUGUUUUAUGCCAUGGUCUCCCAAUACUCAAAGGGCUUUAUCUAUCCGACAACAAGCUUCAUGGUCAUAUGCCGACAAGCUUGUCAAAUUGUUCACAACUUCAAGUAUUGUCUUUAUCAAAAAAUGAGUUUGAUGGACCAAUACAUAGUGAAAUUGGAAGAUUGAGUAACUUGCAGCAAUUGUAUCUCGGAACUAACCAUUUCACAGGUGAAAUACCCAAAGAGAUAAGCAAUCUCAUUGAGUUGGAGCUACUUGAUCUUUCUCUUAAUAGUUUUAGUGGUUCACUCCCAAGGAUCUUUCUCUUGAUCUUCAAUAUAUCAGGGUUGAGAGAGAUUGCACUAACUAACAAUAAUCUAUCAGGAAGCCUCCCACCAAACAUGUGUUCUAUCUUACCCAACAUUGAAGAGCUUUAUCUGGGCAAUAUAACUAAUCUUGUUGGAACUAUUCCUCAUUCAAUCUCCAAUUGUUCAAAACUUACUCUUCUUGACCUUGCCGGCAACAAACUCACUGGAUUGAUUCCCAGUUCUCUUGGAUAUUUGACUCAUUUGCAGUACCUAAACUUGGAGAGAAACAAUUUAACAAGUGAUUCAUUGUUAAGCUUCUUGACUUCCUUAACUAAUUGUAGAAAUUUAACACUUCUUACUCUAUCAUUCAACCCUCUAAAUGGCAUGCUUCCAGCCUCCACGGGGAACCUUUCCACCUCUCUAAGAAAAUUUUACGCCUACAAUUGCAAAAUCAGAGGGCAAAUUCCAAAUGAAGUUGGGAACUUAAGCAGCUUAUUAGACCUUGUACUUUCUGGAAAUAACUUGGCCGGAUCGGUUCCAACAUCAAUUGGCAACUUGAGAAACCUUCAGCGCUUCAACUUGAAUAACAACAAACUUACAGGAUUUAUUGGUGAUCAUAUAUGUAAAUUGCAGCAUUUGGGUGGUAUUUACUUGGGUCAAAAUCAUCUCUCUGGAUCUCUUCCUAAUUGUUUAGGGAAUAUUACUUCCCUUAGGGAGAUACAUCUGGGUUCCAACAAAUUGAGUUCCAAUAUACCACCAAGCUUAGGGAACCUUCAAGAUCUAGUGUCUCUCGACUUAUCGUCAAACAACAUGGUUGGUUCUUUACCUCCAGAAAUUGGAAAUCUAAAGGCUGCGACACUGAUAGAUCUAUCAAUGAAUCAAUUUUCAAAUCGAAUUCCAAGAGAAAUUGGUGGGUUGCAAAAUCUGGCACACCUUUCUUUGAGACGCAACAAGUUGCAAGGAUCUAUACCGGACUCAGUGAGCAACAUGGUAGGUUUGGAAUUCCUAGACCUUUCUCAUAAUAACAUAUCAGGAACCAUUCCCAAGUCUUUGGAGAAACUUCAAAACCUGAAGUAUUUCAAUGUUUCUGUCAAUAAAUUGUAUGGUGAAAUACCCUCAGGGGGUCCUUUCAAGAACCUCUCGAGUCUGUUUUUCACCGACAAUGAAGCAUUGUGUGGUUCUUCAAUAUUUAGUGUCCCAUCUUGCCCAACUUCAUCAAAGCACCAAUCAAACUGGAAAAAAUUGCUAGUUCUAUAUCUUUUUCUAGGACUUGCAAUUUUAUUUGUUCCUAUCACAUUUGUGUUUGUAUGGAUAAGGUAUAGGCGAGGUAAAAGAGCUCCUCAACAAGCUGAUCCAUUGUCGACAAAGAAACGAGAAAGAAUUUCAUACUAUGAACUGCUCCAGGCAACGGAUGAUCUUAGUGAGAGUAAUCUGAUUGGUUCUGGAAGUUUUGGCUCUGUUUACAAAGGCAUUGUCAAAAGUGGAACUGUCGUUGCAGUUAAAGUGUUCAAUCUGCAACUGGAUGCGGUAUUCAAGAGUUUUGAUACGGAAUGUGAAGUUUUGCGUAGCCUUCGCCAUAGGAAUCUCGUAAAAGUCAUUACUAGUUGUUCCAAUCUUGAUUUCAAGGCUUUAGUUCUCGAGUAUAUGCCUAAUGGGAGUCUCGAGAAAUAUUUGUAUUCAUACAACUACUUCCUUGAUACCAGGCAGAGACUAAGCAUAAUGAUAGAUGUGGCAUGUGCUUUGGAAUAUCUUCACCAUGGGUGCUCGUCGCCUGUGAUCCACUGUGAUCUGAAGCCUAGUAACGUCUUGCUGGAUGAGGAUAUGGUUGCCCACCUCAGCGACUUUGGCAUUUCAAAACUGCUUGGUGAAGAUCAGAGUGAUUUGUACACUAAAACCUUAGCAACAUUGGGGUAUAUAGCGCCAGAGUAUGGACUGGAAGGACUAGUGUCAACAAAGUGUGACGUCUAUAGUUAUGGGGUCAUGUUGCUGGAAACGUUUACCAGGAGAAAGCCUAAUGAGUUUGAAGGAGAUCUUAGCUUGAUGAAAUGGGUGAGUUAUUCACUUCCAGAUGCAGUAAUGGACGUCGUGGAUGUCAACUUGGUAACAGCAACAGGUAAAGGCUUACAGAAGGAGCUAGAUGUUGUGGCAUCAAUCAUGAAAGUAGCAUUAGAUUGUUGUGUUGAAUCUGCGGCAAGAAGGACUAACAUAAAAGAUGUUGUAGGAAUGCUACAGAAGAUCAAGAUUCAACUUCUUGCAUGUUGAACAUUUUUACAAUAGUUCUCUUUCAUCUUUUAGCACUUGAUUUGUGCGUGAUCUGUUUUCAGAAAUUCGAGCUGGUUGCAAUAAAUCUGACUGAGAUUGCUAGUUAGCUCAGUGCUUCAGCCCUUUGUUUAAUCCAGCCCUGUAUCCCCAAACGCCACCCCCUUUGCGGUAGCCUUUCUGCGUCACGAGGUAGUGGUAAGGUUCGCAUACACUCGACCUCCCUAGACAUCACUUGUGAGAUUUCACUGGGUAUGUUGUUGUAAAGUUAGUUGAACUAAUCUGUGUUUGUACCCAA